AUUUCUAUGGAGAUUUAUGCAACAGCUCUAAUAUUUUAUUCUCUCGCAUAAUGAAAUAAACAAAAAUCAUUCUAGUGUGACAAUCUGAAUUCUUCACUGAGUUUACCUGCAAAGUAAUGGAUUCCACUGAUGACGAUUUUGGUGAGUUGUACGUUGAUGACAAGGUUCAGGCGAGUAAUGCCUUCGCCGACGAUGUUGGAUUCGUGAAGCCGCCCGAAGAACCGGAGGAUGCUCCGAUUUCCGACGAGGACAAGGGUUUUGAAGGGACAGAGAAGCCUGAAUCGCAAGGUGAAGUGGUGGCUAAGGAUUCGAGUCGGACAGAUUCGAAUGAAGAAUCAGAAUACAGUGACAGUGAAGAUGAUUUGAAUAUAGUGCUGAAAGACGAGGGUUCCAAAAUGCUUCCUAGUGCUUGUGGGUCGAACACCAACAAUGACGAAUACGUCGAAUCAUCGCAAACUUGCUCGUUUCAGGAACGGAGGAUUGGAAGUUGGUGCACAAUGCCAAAUGGUGGGAUGGUUAAUGGACGCAUGACGAGGGAAGCUUCAGCUAACAAUGCCUGGAUGAAUCCGUUUCUAGGAAUGCCUCAAUCACAUACUUGGUCCAGGACAACUUUUGAUGCAAAUUCCGAUGUGUUUGAGAAGAAGCCAUGGAGGAAUCCUGGUAUGGAUAUCAGUGACUUCUUUAAUUAUGGGUUUAACGAGCAAAGUUGGAAAGAUUAUUGUAAACCGUUGGGAAGAGCAAUUGAGGUUAAAGGUGGAACUCACGAGCGAAUAUCAUCUAUGGAUUUGCGUUGUCCACGUGAUUCAGACCCUGACGUGGUGAUACAGAUCCCAGUCACUGAUGAUGUCAAUGAGCUAUCAAGCGUGACACCUAUGGAAGCAAGGUCUCUUAGCAUAACAUCAAAUAAAGCUUCUAGAAGUGAAGAGUUACAUUCAGUUAACGGAAAGGAUAUGAAUUCAUCUGGUGAUUCAAUGAGAGAAGAGCCUUCUGUGGAGUGUGAAGACGAAAACACUGGAAGUUUCAGAGGCGAGCAAUCUCCUUCGAAAGAGGAUUGCUACGGUAGGGAAGGAACACCUUGUGAUAAGGAAAUUAUUGAGCAGGAGAAAGAAGAGACUUGUUGGAAUUCUGUUGAGGCGGAUUCAUCCUCAGUGGAAAGGGAAUCAUCUCUUGGAGAUCACAUUCAUUUUAGCCCUAUAUCUUCCUAUUCUGUGGGUAAAACUGAGGAGUCUGAAGAUUCUGAAACAGAGUCAUCAAAAGGCGGUGCUACUGAUGACCAGUGUGAAGUCAGUACACCACCACGACGAACUAGAUUUGUGGAACAGGAAGCAAACAGUAUCAAAAGUGGGGAAAGGAGUGGUACAGAGCAUCCUAGACGCAGAAAAUCUUACGAAGAUGCAAGCGAAAGGCAUUUUGAAAGAGCUAACUAUGGUGUAAAUAGAAGAAUACAACAUAGAGUUGUUAAGGAUGCAUCACCGACACCAGAUCCUUAUCUUGGCAAGAAAGUGUCUUCUGGGCGUGGAAGUUUGUAUCGUGAUUCGAGCAAAAACCGGCAAAAUGGACCAUUUUCUACUUUAGAAAAGUUUGAGACUGAAGGUAAAGGUCUUCGUCACUCAAAUAGAGAAAAUUGUCAUGGUUGCCCAUAUUCAUCUGCAGAUCUUGAUCGAGAUAGAGAGCACAGGUUUGGUUGGCGCAACAACAAAGAAUCAUCACAGGGCCGUGGGUUUGAUCAUUCUAGUAGUUACAAGUAUGCGACACGUCUGAAAGACUAUACCUCACGUUCAACCUUCAAUCUUAGUCAGAGAAACUCUGGAUUAAGUUUUAAGGAAGAUGAGGAUAGAUAUGGUAGGCAACAUUGUGAAAGAAGCCCUGGCCUAGCCUAUGAAAGCAGCAAAGAAAGAAAUCGAUAUGAUAGGCUAAGAGAACCUUAUUAUCAGGACCGUAUUCCAUCAACUGACAUGGACUAUAGGUACCGGUUUGAGUACUCUCUUGCACAUGGAAGACAUCGCGAAAAUGAUCUUCACUGUAGAAGAAGGGGUGACUACGAUUAUAAUUUUCAUCGUCAUAGAUACGAAGAUGAAGUUCACAGGGCAGAAAGUGAAAUUCCAUUUGAGCUGGCUUACAGGGACGUGCAUUCUUUUGCUGAAGUGGGAAGGAGAGAAUUUGAAGGGUAUGAAAUAAAUGAAGAAUUCUCGGAAAUCGAUAGAAGACACCAUUGCAGACCUGAUUGGCAUCUUGAUAGUUUUGUCUCAAAGAAAGAUGGUUAUAAAUACAGAAUCCAGGAUGAUUGGCCAUCAGCAUCUUUAUCGUUGAGAGACUCUUUGUAUACAAAAGGAUCAAGAGGUGAUUCAUGGAGAGAUGAUACCAGAGACUUCACAACAACGGAAGCAUAUGAAAGCCAGGAUAAUCAGUUGUAUAAAGAAGCACUAAGAGAUGGUUGGACGCGAAAUCUUGUUUAUAACGAUAAUGUGAGCAUACAAGAUAGAUUAAGGUAUGAUGAUGAUUGGAUUCGUCGUGAUAGAAGGAGAUAUCAGUUGGAAGAUGACAUUCAAUGUUCAAUGAGAGAAGUUCCUCAUUUUGAGCAUCCAUCAUAUACUGAUGAGAUGCCAGUGCGCGGUAUAAGGAUAUCAAGACGUAAUCGAAUGUCUACCAAACAAAGGCUUGGAUAUUUUAAGAGCAAUAAUCACGAAAGUGAUGAAAGACAUCACAAAUCCAAAAAGAUGAGAAGAGAUGGGCAAACUUUCGUCGAGUGUCAGGAUCCGGUUGACUUAACUGGCAGGCAAAGGAAGCUCUCUAACCAAUCAAGAAAAAGAUUCUCUAAUGGCGGAGAUCCAAUAGAACAACGUAAACUAGGUAAUGUCGCCAGCAGAAGGAACGAGAAAGUUGAUGUGCAGAUUCAAAGCUUAUAUGAUAAAGAGGAAGGUGAGAUCACAGAAGAAGCGAGAAACGUGAAAGGGGUUGAUAUAGGCGAGGAGCGAAUACAAGAGAGCCUUAAGAAGAUGGAGAAACGAAGAGAGAGAUUCAAGAAAACCGAAUUCUCGAGGACGGUAGAAUCCACGUUUCAAUCUCAAGCCAAACCGGGAGCCAUAGCCGACGAUACCAAUCAAGAGAGACCGGUUAGGAAGAGGCGGUGGUGUGCAAGCUAGUAAAUAUUGGUUGGCUAUUCAAGUGAAUACAGUUACGGUCCAGACAGUUACGGUCCAGGCGAUACACAAACUUUGACUUAGUUUUUCAAGUGAUUUUGCGUGUGAUUUUUUUUUUUUGGCCUAGUUUGACCCCUUUAACUAGAAGAUUUGACUUUGACCAAUACUCUGUUACGUUUAGCAUGCGAAAUCGAAUGAUAUGAUGC